UUAGUGGUGUGAUGUUUCUGCAGGUACCUGGUGGGCGGCUACUUGUCAGCAGAGGCUGUCGUCAACAUGUUCAGCAAGGUCGUCAUGGAAACGAUGAACUGGCCGUCCGUCAGCAGCACUUUGGACUGUCUGGUCGGACCGGUGCCGGGAGGACCGGGCCUGAGACUGGAGAUUCGGCCCACAAGUGAACGCAGCGCGAGUGACGAGACGCUCUUCAUCACGGUGCUGCCGGUCCUGAGGGAGGCCGACGUGGUCCUGACGGCCCAGCCCGAGCUCACGUCUCCCUGGCACCACGCCUGGCACCUCUCCCUCUACCCCUGGGAGACGCGGCGCCUGGCCCAGCUGGACGCCGCCGACGACGGCCGCCGCCGGACCGCGCUCAAGUUGCUCAAGGCGGUGUGUCGCCUCAACCCCGCCCUGCGCCCGCUGGGCUCCGCCCCCCUGGCCAACCUGGUCCUGCACCUGAGCGAGCGCGAGGGCGACUGGAGCGAGCCCAGUCUGCACCUUCGCUUCCGGCAGUGCGUGGCCGAGCUGAUCGGCCACCUGGAGCAGGAAGUCCUGCUCAGCUACUUCAAGCCCGCCGUCAACUUGCUGAGCGGCCUGACGGAGGAGCAGGUGGACCAGAUGGGCUUCAUGUUGUACUGCGCCGCCUCCCAGCCUGAAAUCCUGCUCAUGUGACACCUUAGCGACAUGCUCCACUUCACCGUGCCAACCAUCAGGGUGCCUCAGAAUGUGCCUGAUUGGAAAAAACAAUAAACAAAAAAACACUUCAACUCAUGGGGGUUAGUUUUGUACACAUUUGCAACUGUUCCUGAUUGCGUUGCUACGGUUACGCGUUUAGCAUACAGGAAGUAAAGUGUGCUCAAUCUCGGUGUUACUUAUCUUCAUGCAAGUGUCCUCAUUUUAGCCAAGUAUCUUUUUAAAACGGAGUGAAUGUUGCAGAUGUCCUUGAUGAGAGAAAGAUGUCAGUGAAAAUGACAAAUGACAAUA